AUGAAACAUUUCCUCCCAUUCCAACUACUACUGUGGUUCUUUACCUGCGUUACAAGUUCAUACUCACAAAGUCAUUCAUUUGCAAACACCAGAGAGUUCAAUGAUUCUGUAAUACAGCCUAAUUUGGAGAAAGCAACUUAUUCUUUGAUCUACUUCUAUUCCGAUACAUGCAAAUACUGUCAUUUAUUCAAUCCAGUGUUUGAAAACUUGAGCACCUUGUACAACAAAAAUGAUACAGGCAAAAGUGUGCAUGAAAAUGAAUCAUUCCAGAUUUUAAAGACCAACGCUAGGGUCAAUAAGAAACUAAGCAAACUUUUUGCCAUACGACACUAUCCCACAUUGAAAUUGUUGCAUUAUCCAUCAAAGGAAAUUUUGGAAUAUGAAGGGAAACGGGACUUGCAUUCAUUGAUUGACUAUAUCGAGUCCAAGACAUUGAUAAAACCCAAUUAUGCAAAUUUUCAAUCAGGGGUGAAGGAUAUCCAGGAUCCUCGUGAGCUAUUUCGUGGUGAAAAGGAAAAGGUUGUCAUAUUUAUCAUGAGCCACAUGGCUGAUUGGAAGGAUUAUCAUUAUCCUGCCCAUUACAUACAGCUGAUUGCAAAUUUAUACCGUGCUGUUGACUUUUACGUGUGUCAUGGGGAUGAUCCGCAGCACGCGGAAUUACUCCCUCAAUUUGGUGUUAGUAAUUUUCCUAGUUUGGUUUACAUUAGAAGCAGAAAGUUUAAGUCUUUAAACACUGAGAGACUUGCGUAUCAGACAAACUACAAGUUUGAUGGAGAUAAAAUUGGGGGCUUUAUCAGUUCAAUUGACUUGGAUCAAUCGCUGUGGCGUUUGAUAGAACCAGUGAAUGAAGCACAAACGAGUGAAGAAACUAUACUGAGUGAGGAGAAUGAGGAGAAUGAUGAUUUCGAUGAUAUAGACGAUGAUGACGAUGACGAUAUAGAGCAUAUAGAAUUGUAA